AUUUGUUCUUCUUCCUGGUUAAACAGACAGUUUUGUUUUGGGAGCGUGCAUGGUAACAUAUCUAAAGUAACUGGCAGGCACAUACUACAUCAAUCCAUUUUCUACCGCUUGUCCCUUUCGGCAUUUAUUCUCCUAAAUUUGCAACCAUGUAUGUUUUGAUUUCAUACGCGCUGUACUACUUUAUAAUACUUUAUGUCGUCGUUCACUUUGUACUCUUCUUCUUCGUGGAUGCUGAUUUUUCUCUCCUGUGGGCAAGUCUGCUCGGCCGCAAACCAGAGGCCAAGUUGAAAGGUCAGGUGGCGUGGGUGACAGGAGCAUCCAGUGGAAUUGGAGAAGAACUAGCCUACCAGCUGGCUCGAUGUGGCUCUCGUUUGGUUCUGUCUGCACGUCGAGAGGAUGAGCUGAAGCGGGUGAAGCGUCAAUGCUUGGAGUGUUCCAACCUCAAGGAUGAGGAUAUUCUUGUUCUUCCUCUGGAUUUGUUGGAGAGGACUACCCAUGAAGCAAAAACCAAAGCUGUAAUUCAACACUUUGGAUGGAUUGACAUCCUGAUAAACAACGGGGGCCGAAGCCAGCGCUCUUUGUUCCUGGAGGCCAGUGUGGACGUGUACCAGGCCUUGAUGGAGCUCAACUUUCUGGGUACCAUUUCCCUCACCAAGCAGGUGCUUCCUCACAUGACACAGCGCGGCACCGGCGCCGUCGUCACCAUCAGCAGCGUGCUGGGCAUCGCCGGGGCACCCUUGGCUACAGGAUACGCCGCCAGCAAGCAUGCUCUUCAGGGCUUUUUCAAUUCCCUUCGGACUGAGCUGUAUGACCACCCCCGCAUACUCAUCAGCACAGUGUGUCCAGGGCCUGUGCAGUCAUUCAUAGCACACAAUGCUUUCACAGAAGACCUGCACAAGCCUGUGGCCGCAGCUGGCGACCAGACACACAAGAUGCCCACAAGUCGCUGUGCCUCUUUGAUUCUGGCAGGAAUUGCCAACGGUGUGAAGGAAAUGUGGAUUGCUCAGCAACCCUUCCUGGCGUUUUACUACGCUUGGCAGUACGCCCCCACAUUGGCCUGGUUCCUGACCAACAUCCUGAGCAAGAAGAGAGUGCAGAAUUUCAAAGCCGGAGUGGAUGCAGACUCUGCAUACUUUGUCAAGCCCAAGACCUCAUGAAAGGAUGACUUAUCUUGUAAAAUUGUGAGGAUUAAUCAUCAAUUUGAAACAGAUCCCACAUUAGUGUAUUAGAAGUGCUGGAAUGUCUAAAGCACUCUUAGUAAG